AUGAACGACUCCGAGUACCCGCCGAUCCUCUGCGAUCCAACUUUCAACGCUGGUGGCGAAUUGGCCAAAUACUGCCUACAAAUGACUUAUAUGAUUCCUGCUCUUAUCGUAGACGUACUAAUUGUCAAGACGAUUUUUUUCUCACCAGAGCACAAAAACUUUCGGCAAAACGCCUUUUUUAUCAUUUUCGGCAUCGACACUUGUGUGGUAAACCUUCUUAACAUGUUAUUAUUCAGAUGAUUUUUUAGAGGAUUUUAUACAUUUUAUUGGAAAUACUUCUUUUCCGGUCUAUCAUAUACACAUCACUCCGUUAUGUUGGCCUCUGAUUUCAAUCUUUGGAUAUCUAAAACCGAGUUAUAUCCUCACUCCUUUUUACUUUCUUUCCCACUACUCACAAGCUCUGAAGUUUUUUCUGCACUGGUUCUUGUCCAUCAACAGAAUGACCUCUGUUAUCUCCCCGACUCGUCAUCAUGAGGUAAAUCGAAUCAGGCUCUCAAAGAUUCUCUGAAGCAUUUUAAAGUUAUGGGAGAAAUUCCUUCCUUUCUGCAUCGUCUUUUCUUUCGUUGCCCCUAUUGCCGUCGUUUGGAAUGUAGCCAUUUCGAAAACUUACUUGUUAGAGGAACUUGGGGGUCUCACGGUCGCUUAUACGAAAACUUUUAGUUGGGUGAGUUGAUCAACUAUUUUCUUCAUUUGCAAAUAAAUUCAAGGCGAGUUUAUCCCUUUUCAUGUUGAUUCUGAGUGCCACAACCAUACUCAUACUCGGAGUUACGACAACUAUUACCCUGUUCGGUUUAAUUUCGAUGGAAACAAGGUUGAAAGCAUCCGAGAAAAACCUCUUUUUCGUUACAUUAUUCAUGGCGUUCACCAUUUUGAUAAACUGUAUGGCCAGGGUUUGUUCAUGUUGAAUUCGAAAAAAGACGAAACGUGAUUCAGGCUGGCUUCUUAGUGAAAAACAUCUAUUUUGAUUAUUUUCUCGUUGCACAGUACUUAACCAUCGACUUUUGCAAUGUUUGGUAGGAUUUUUCAAAUUGCGUCGUUUUUCAGAUACAAAAUUUCUAAGCUUUUGAAACCUUAAAAAGUUGUUUUCAGCACUCCUAUCGUGAUGAUUUACAUGAGCAGCGCUUUGCGGAAAGUCUUAUUCAAAAGUGGAGACUCAAAAGUCGUCAUCGUUUCUGCAUCGCCGUCCGUCGCGUCUAUCCGAUCGAAACAAAUUACUUAUGCGAAUUGA